CUCGCCUCACCACAAACCGGAUAACAGCUGACUACCGCAUCAUCAGCGGCCGAGUCAGCUCAACCACCUCGCCUCUCUACUGGAAACGACCGCUCGCAGGCCACUGUGUAUCCGGGGUGUGUGGAGCGGCCUUAUAAAAAAGUAUGAGAUCAUCUUCAGUCCACGUGGCCCCACUCCUGUGUCAGAUUAAUGAAAGUGGAUUUAGAAUAAUGAGUGUGAUGGUGUGAUGUGCAGCAAGGACUCGCGGAGAGAUGACUCAGUGUGCACUAGGGAGAAGAGUGUGCUAUACGAGACAAUGAGAAGUGUGGACAGUAUGGGAGUAGCGAGGCAAGACUUGGCCAGGAGUGAGAGAGUGUCAUGGCGGGCGGGAGGUGGAGGACACACACAUGAUACUCGGGACACUUCAGCCUAGGUUCAGGCGCUUCCAACUCUCCCGCGGCCAUGACGCCGCCUUACCCAGUACCCACGUGGUGGGCGUGGGCGGCUCUUGUGGGCGUGGUCGUCUUGCAGGUGGCAGCCAGUGAUGGCGGGGCGUCCGUGACCACCACCCUCACUCCUGCCCCCACCACCACAGGGGGCGCCACCAACGCCACCAUAGGGGGCGCCACCACAGUGGGAGCCACCACCACAGUGGGAGCCACCACCACAGGGGGAGCCACCAACGCCACCACCACAGUGGGCGCCACCACAGGGGGCGCCAUCACAGGGGGCGCCACCAACGCCACCACAAUACCGGUGCUGACCACCAGCAUGGAGACCCCGCGGGUGGAGGUGUACACAGAGAGGAACGUGACGCAGGUAAACAUAAUCUGUCCGUCAGGGCCGCGACUGUUCCCCGGGGUGUCCAGGGCCCCGGACCGGGCCACCACCCCGGACGCUGCCGACGCCACCGCCUACGCCACCACAACCCUGGUGACGCCAGCCGUGUCUGGCCGCGGCGUUGAGGUGGACCUGGGCCAGCUGGAGGAUGGUGGCGGCAACCAGCUGGUUGUGGAUGUGGAGGGGUGCGGCGAGGUGGGCGUGGGCGGGGGCGUGCCCAGGUGGGCGGAGGGCCUGACCCUGGCCAUCAAAGGGUCACUGAUGCUCAGGUCAGGGUGGUGGGAGGGGGCGGAGGCCCUGAGGGAGGUGUGGAUGCGUGUGGCCAUUGGUGUGGAUGGUGAGAGGCUGUGCCACGCCCUCCCGCCCACACUGGAGACGCUGGAUGUGUCACACACGCCCAUGGACGCCCUGGUGAUGGCACCUGAGUGUGUCCCGCCCACCCUGCAGCGUCUGGAGGCCUCGCGCGCCGCCCUCGCCCGCCUGCAGCUGUGCACGCCCACUCUGGUCACCCUGCGGGUCUCCAACAACGAGGUGGACGCCGGGAUGCAGUGGGCGUCGUGCGAGGACGGUGUGGCGGGCGUGGAGUUCCUGGAGGCCAACAACAACCAGCUGACGGCGGCCAGCACCUGCGGCUGGGCCGGUCUCCGCACCCUCGACAUCAGACACAACCUCCUCCGUGACCUCGACCUCGCCGCCUGUCCACCAGCGAACCUCACGCACCUCAACGCCGCCCACAACUAUCUAGUGCUGCCGCCCACACUUCCGCCCACUCUGCUUCUCUUGGACCUCAGUCACAACCAGCUCACCACUCUACCCACCCUCACACACGCCCUCACGGACGUGGACGUGUCACACAAUAGGGUAGUGGAGGUGGGAAAGUCACGGUUCAAAAGAGCGCGCAAGUUGCUCCGUCUCAACCUGGCCUUCAAUCACCUGACGCGGCUCCACGAGCGGGACUUGGCUGGGCUACGGAACUUGCGAAUGUUGGACGUAAGUCACAACCGGCUGCGACACAUCGCCCCGGCCUCCCUCAUGCACCUGCAUCAGCUGCGGCGCCUUCACCUGCAGAAGAACCAGCUGACAACGCUGGACGCCCGGGACCUGGCCGCCCUCAAGCCGCACACGCACGCUACCCUCCAACACAACCCCUGGGAGUGCUCCUGUGCUCUUCUCGCAGACCUCGCCACCCUCCAGGCCUGCCCCACCUGUCAGCAACAGACAGUAGCACUGGAGUGCCGGGAGUGGGGGUCCUGGAUACCAGCCUCAACCGUCAUCCACUCGUGUCUCCAGGCAGUACAGGAGGUCACCCAGGUACAAGGAAUUAACGUCGACGACGAUUCUGACGAGGAUUUGUCUGAGGAGUCCAAGACACUAUCAGGAGGCGGUGACGGCAGUUCAAAGGCGGUAAUAUUGGUACCAGGGCUGGUAGUGCUCCUGCUAGCAGCCAUCACAGCCGUUCUGGGUUACCAACUUUAUCAUCGUCAUCGUCGCGCCAUCACCUCCAGGUUAUCCCCAUUCUGCGGUUUCUGUGGGUAUUGUGCCCCUGCCACGGUCAACAACAACAACCACAAUAACCACCAAAGGGAUCGCCUCUCACAAAUAGCCAAUGAUUCAGAUACAGAGACUGAGUUGUGAUGCAAAUUAGCAGGCUGAAUUGUGAUUUAGAUAUGCAGGCAGAGUUAUGAAGGAGAUACGGGGACUGAGUCGUGAUUCAGAUAUUGUAUUGACUUGAGUCAUAAUUAAGCUGUGAUUUAGAUACAGAGACAGACUGUGAUUUAGCCAAAGAAUCAUAAGAAUCAAAUAAUCAUUGAUGAAACUUAUUAUUGGUAUGGUGGCAAACUUUUUAAAAGUACAGUAUUAAGAAAAGGAAAUACCGGUAUGUAAAAGUUAUGUCUGUAGAGAGCUUUUCCUAGCUUUGUUUAUCAUGUCACUAAUUAAAGAUUUAUGUGUGGGUAACCUCACAAUGCUGAGAAUUUUGUUCUAGUGACAGACAUGUGAAAAUUAGUUUCAUGAAAAAAAUAAACGUUUCACACAAAAAUAAUUGAAAACUAAAAACUUAAUUGAAAACUAAAAACUUUACGUUAAGAUACAUGUGACAAAUUUAAGUAAAAGAGUUACUUUUAUACCGGAAUGUGACAUUGAUUAGUGAAGGUUUUACUGCUGUAGAUAAAAUCUUGUGUAAAAAAUGUCAUAUAAUUAUUAACAUCGUGUGUAGAUGUUAGCUUCAGCCCUUAUUUACUUUAUGUAAUCGAAAACUAACCUUUAUUGUGUUAUCACAUGUAAAUAAAUAUUAUGUGGAAGCGUCCUAAUAAAAUAUAGAGUGCUGCUCUGAGAGCAUUUAAGUGUAGUUGCCCAGUGUUAUUUGAAAUGAUAUUGAAACAGUAGAAAUAUAUCUGCUGUUUGUUUUGAUAAACGAUUGAGAUUACUUGAACAUUCAGCUUUAAUAAUUUUUCUACCUUUUGUAAAUUUAAUGUAAAUUAUGCCAUAUUUACUGGAGAUACUAUCAGGUGUAAUUUUAAUGAAAAUUACAUUUUUAGUUGCUAUUUGCUUGAAGCACCUACAGGUGAAUUACCUAGUAAGCAAGAUGGAAUGUUUUUCGACCUUUAUUUUCGUCAUGUUUUAAGCUACAGGUGUCAAGAAGAAUGUUGAGCAUAAUUUUGUAGAUUCUCUUGUGAGCAUUUGCAAUUUAUCUUUCUGGGAAAGAUUGUGUAUUCCAAGUACUGGAGACUUGCUUCAAGAAAAUUUAACUUAGUGAAGAGUCUACAUAAAGUGGCUUCCAAAUAACAUAUCUCAUGUUUUUGAGGCAGUGUUUUAAGUUGACCCAAGUUGCAUUUCUUUGUAAUGGUAAUUUUAGGUGAGAGAGUUUUGAGAACACAUCUCAGUGACAUUGAUAAGGUACAUUUAUAAGGGAUGAUGCCCAGCAGAAGACAAUGCACAAUGAGGUGAUCAGACAUAAAUAUUGACUGUUUAGAGGAAUGCCUGCCUAAGUCUUGUUGACAUGUAGCAAGGUUAUGAAGACGUGUAUAAGUAAUAUAGUAUAUAUAUUUUUGUUUCCGGUGUGGUCCACCCAUAAUGCACUAUCCAUUUUUUUGUACUAAUUUUGGAUGAAUGUUGUGGCAAAUAAUAAAAAUUAUAUUAGUUA